AUAAAUGCUGAGAUUUAGAUCAAUCUAAAAUCUAGAUCUAUUAAUAAUUAUAAAUCUAUACAUACUAUAUUAUAGACAUAGAUCUAUAUAUAUAUGUACUAGUAUGCCAUGACAUGUUUUUGAUUGCAUGAUCAUCUACCUAGAAAAAAAUGCCAAUCAUUUUUAGCUGCAUCGCUUUUGAUGACCUCAAUUUAAUAAACACUUCUUGAAAUGUCUAUGGAACAUCUUAAACUUUGACUUUUAAAAAUGGAUGUCAUGAAGAUUUGGAAGUUUACAUGCUUUAGCAAAUGUUCUUUGCCAUAAAUUACCAUUUUAAUCGGUCUGUAACGAUUCAAUGCCCUUUUUCCUCAUAGAAAGCAGAGUAGAUAUUUUUAAUUUCAUCCAGUUUUGCCAAAGUUGAAGUUUCAAUUGGACGAACGGAUAUUUUCAAACAAAUCGAGGCUCAAUGUAUUUGAUACUUACAAUGAAACAUUUAAUUAUUCAAGGUGACAAAGAGGUCUUCCAGUGAAAGGUUAUCUAGCUUUUAUCCUUUCAUUACAACAUGGAUCCAGAAGAUGAGACUGGGUCAAGUGGUCAGGGGCAGAGCCUUCAUGAUUUACAGAAUUAUCUGUCCACCUUUAAGAAGGAGAUAGAGCCAGGUGAUGACAUCUUGUCACACAUAGAUGUUGACACUGGUGAUGUCCAUGAUCUUUAUAGCUCCACAGGUGAAAGUAGUGUGGUGUCCCAGUUUACAUCUGGUUUCUAUUCUGAGCAAGGUAUAUUAGACACACAUUUGAAUGAUGACCCAUCGCAACAGAUUCAAGGAAUUGUAUCCACUGCUGAAACAGAUAUGUCUUCUGCAAUGAAGGAUAAAGUAGCAACACUAGACCUUAGCUCAGUUCAGACUCAGAUGGUCAGCUAUGGAGAUUCUUCACUGGACCAUGGAAUAGCAGACAUCCAAACAAAUGCCAUGUCUGGUAGUCUCAUUAUGACAUCACUUGGGGACAGUCUUGACCCUACUGGGAGUAAGGUCAUCAGGAUUGUGUCAUUAGAUGAAGAUGGUCAGUACCUAACACUAGGGGACACCUCCCAAAUAUUACAUCAGGAUCUAGAUAUGGUCACUGAUACACUGACUUCAACAGAUGGAGUUCUAACACUCCAUGGGUCUAGUUCUACAUUUGUAAGUGCUGGGUCUACUCAUACAACGCCCAUCUUGACUUCUGCUUUGGGUUCUGUGGCUGACAAUGGAGAUGUCAUGGCAACAGAUGCAAAGUCAUCCAAUGAAAACCAGAUCAUUCAGCUUCAAACUUCAUCUGACUCCCAACCUCGUAUCAUAACUCUACCUCAGGGGACACAGAUCAGUGCUGAGGCUUUACAGAUGUCUGUUCUAUUAUCCAGUGAUGGGACUUUGAAUCCUGACCUGGGUUUCCAGACUAUAACAAUCAUGCCUCCAGAACUCAGCCAAGGUGGUGAGAUGAAUUAUGUGAUCAUGGCUCCACAGGAUGGCUCUAAGGAAAGCAACCAGCAAAUGGCUGAAAUCUUGGACAUAAUGAAAGAAAAUCCAGACUAUUCAGAAGGCUUACUUGAAAUCAAUGGGGAAGUCAAACAUGUUCUUAGGGUUGUGCCCAAGAAAUUUUUGACAGCUAAUUUUGACAUGCAGCUGGUAUGUGAUUAUUGUGAUUACACUAGCCCCAAGCGGUAUCUCUUGGCUAGACACAUGAAAACUCAUUCAGAUGAGAGGCCCCACAAGUGCAAGGAGUGUGAGCGUGGGUUUAAGACACCUGCUUCCUUGAUGAACCAUGUCAACACACACACAGGCAUACGCCCACACAAAUGCAAGGACUGUGGGGCUGCAUUUACUACUUCUGGAGAGUUGGUGCGACACAUUCGCUACCGACAUACAUUUGAAAAACCUCAUCGAUGUCCUAACUGUGAUUACGCUAGUGUAGAGUUGUCUAAACUGAAGCGACACAUGCGGUCACAUACAGGGGAGAGACCUUAUAAGUGUCCCCACUGUCCGUAUGCUAGUCCGGACACUUACAAGCUUAAGCGUCAUCUACGUAUUCACACUGGUGAAAAGCCCUAUGAAUGUGAUGUCUGCCACACUCGCUUUACUCAGAGCAACAGUCUAAAGGCUCACAAACUGAUUCAUUCUGGCAACAAGCCUGUCUUCCAAUGCAAGCUUUGUCCUACCACUUGUGGACGCAAGACUGAUUUAAAAAUACAUUUCAAUAAACUACAUUCAGAAGGAUCACCACUAGAGUGUAAGAAAUGUGGCCAGAUGUUUUCUGACAGAUACUCGUACAAACAGCAUGUUCGAAGCCACGACAUUGAGAAGUGCUUCAAAUGUGACGACUGUGAUUUCAUUGCCAAUACUGAGCGUAGCUUUGAUGCUCAUGCUGCCAUCCAUUCCAAUGGGAAGAAAUAUGAAUGUGACUCAUGUCAUGUAUCUUUCAACUUAAAACAGAGCCUGGAUAAACACAAAAUUGCUUGCCAGAUUGAAGAGAACCUCAACGCCUCUAGGGAUAAAGAAAGUGCAGAGCAGACCAUGUACAAUACCUCAUCCAGUGGACACACCCACCAAAGUAAACAUGAUAUACUACUUAGUAAUGAGUCCAGCUCUAAUUCUAGUCACCUGAUCAGUGGUCCUCUGGCCUCUGGUACACUACACAGGAACCUGCUGCAGGACAUCAAGGAUGGAAAACUUGGAGAUGUGCCACAGGUUGUCAUUGUUCACCCCGAUGGUACUCUGGAAGAAAUCUCCUCCAAGCUACCGAUUGGAGACAAGUUGAACAUUGAUGAUCUGUUCUCUGCACUCUCCAAUAAUGACAAAGGCCAAGAGCUAGAGACCAACUGUUCAGAUGUCAACUCUGAGAAAGAAAGUGCAGAUGAUGAUGACAGUCAUGAUCAGAUUCUCCAGAGUUCACCAGUCAAACAUACUAACCUUAAGAAGAAAGAUGCAGCUGACCAUGGAAAUGAUGAUGAUGUCACUGGUGGGGAGUCUUCUCAGUGUGAGGCCAGUACACAAGCUGAACUAGAGUCUGAGACAGAGACAGACUUUGUACAGGAGAAAAAGCUGGAGAAUAAAACUUCACUUGAUGAAGAGUUUCUUACAGAGUCUCAUACUGAUUCAUUGCUGGAUCAAUCAGAAAUAGCUGAGCACAUUACAGAACACAUGUCUGACAAUACAUCAGAGACUCUGACCUCCAUUAUGCAGGGCAUCACUCCUUCCUCCAUGCCUCCCACUCUGCUGACCACUGAAGCAGACCAGCCUGGCACUUCUAGUGGCCCACAGUAUGUGGUAGUUAAAGGAUAUACUUGCCUGUCCAGUGAAACUGGUCAACCUACUCUGGUCAAUGUGGCAGUGGACAAAGACUCCUUGUUAAAAAUGUUGGCUUCCUUUGGUGGUAGUGGUGUACAGCUGAUAGCAGGAGACAUGGACACUCUGAAUAUUUCCUUGGACAGUAAAUCUUGUAUGAUUUCUGUGGCACCUGAACAGUUGAGUGACUUUGCUGGUCUUGCCAGUGUUUGUGCCAUAACAGAUGGGUCAACUCUGGGCCCAGCUGAUGGAGACUCAACAUGCUUGGAAGAAGAAUCUAAAGCUAACUCUACAUUGGAAACUGCCAAGAACAAAGAGACAGUGAACAAACAGAAUAAGUUUGCUACACUCUCUAUAGAUGCUCUAAGCAUGGGGAGAUCUCCCCACAAUGUGGACACUAGCCCACCCAAGGAACUGUUAUCGCCUUCAUUCGCAUCCAAUCCUAAAGUCUCUCCCCCACUGCCAUCCUCCGCUCAUCUCAUUGCAUUUAAAACAAAUAUCCUGUCCAGUGACCAGGUAGAAACUCCACAGGAUACUGCUGGUCACUCCAAGGUAGACAUGACCAGAGACACUUUGUCCCCAAUAGAGCAUUUCUGUGACUCUAGUGAUGUAGGCAUGGAGAUAUUCCCAGAAGUCCCUGAGACCUCACAACAAAUACACACUGAACCAGAUACAAGCAGUAAGACACAAGAAAGUCAGAUCAAAAGUGUGACUAUGGAUAUACAGUCUAACAACUCAGAAGCUUGUGACCACAUCAAAUUGGAGUAUUCCCCGGUAGAGCAGAUAGCAGAGAAACACAAAAAGUAUUCCAGAAAGCGUGUAUCAGGAGCUGACCCAUCACUAGUGAGGACUGGAAAGCGAGUCAGAAAAGCUCUAGUUAGAGUCAGCAUGUGAGUAGGAUUGUGUCAAGUUGAUGGCAUUGAUUGUAAAGUUUCAAAUUCGUUGAAUGGACUUGUCAACCCAGAAUGGACUAGUGAUACUCUUGUAUUUUCUAAACUUCUUCUAUUUCUGCCCCAACUAAAUCCAUGGAGCUAAACACUUGGCUGGAGAAGACAGACAGUUCAAACUGUGGGGAUGGAUUGAUGGGGUAGUGGUCAGCACAGAGCAGAUGAUGGAAAUAGUUUUCUCUAAACUGAACCCAUCUUUGAGUGGAUACAUUUGUUUUGAUCACAGAUUUAGUAUGUAAACUUAGAUCUAGAUUGAGCCAAAGUUUAGUUCAUGAUCAGUAUAGGGUAUAUUAGGUAAAAAAACAUUUAAUUGAAUGGUAGUUCCGUAACAUCAAUGCAUUUUCAGAAAUAAAGUGAAAAUAUGGAAAAGCUGAACACCAUUUGAUAUCAAAGUAUGUAUGUCUCUUUUUUACAUCUUACCUAUAACAUACACACUGAGCUUCUGGCCUUUAUCCUUACUUUAUAUAGACAUUUCUAAAAUAAGAAAUGUUCCAUAAAUACCAUUCAGAACAAAGAUAUAUAUAUUGCCUUAACCCGAUUGUACUCUUGCUAUAGAGCUGUUCAAAUAGAUUGUUCUUUACCUAUUAGCCUUGUAACAUGAGAACUAGGACACCAAGAGUUCUCAAUGUUUGAACUAUCACUUUCACUUUGGAGUCUUGAGUUGUGUUAGAGACACAAGGUCAUUCAGAAGUGUCUCAGAGAAUCUCCCUCCCCUCAAUAGGAGUGAAAGACUUCUUUCUUCUAGCAUGGCACAGACUAAUCAUCAAGAUAUCUUUCAAUGUUGACCUAUUGGGAACAUGAGGUUGAUUACAAAUGACAGACUUGUAGUGCAGCCUAAGAUGACCUGCACUGUUAGUGAUCAUGAUUCGUUUUGUUAUGUUCUGACACUUCUCUUCACCACUCAUUGAGUUGCUUGUUCUAGUCAGUGAAAACACUGAAUCAUUUCAUUUUUUUCUAUUCUAAUUAAUGAGACACUUCUAGGGGAAGGGAUUUUAGUCAUUUCCUUAAUUAACAUUGUAGGUGGGGAGAGUGAACGGGGUUUGACCUCUGUUACAGUGCUGACCAUCUGAAGUGCUGACCAUUUGACCAGCCAGUGAUAUGUAAUAGGAGAUUUGAAUAGGAUGUACCUUGGUGGCAAAGUAUCUACUAAAUUGAACCCUUGGUGAUUUGACUGAAUGUACAUAUUGAGUGGAUAACAUAUAAACAUAUCAUGACAUAUAGACUACAGUGUGUUGAAGAUAAUGAACUUAACUUGUAUCAGAUCUCUGUCUGAUUGCUAGCUACAACAUUAAGUAUAGCUGAAGAGUCAGGACUAAGUUAAAAUUAAAGGUUGAGUUAGUAUGACAAAUGUUAGGGUUAGGGUUAAUAUAUUUAGUGUAGAAUUACAAGUGUGUCAAUGUUGUUUAGUCUAGACCUAUUUAUUACCUCACUAUCUAAUGCGUGUGUGUGUGUGUGUGAGCCACUGCUAAAGAGUCACAUUUUUUAUUAUUGGGUUCUGGUUGCUGUAAAAUAUGAUUCCUUGAUGACCUCUAUUAAAAAUAUUGACCUUAAAGUUGCUAUUGUGACCUGUACCAUAUUGUUGUAUUAUGUCUGCACACAUUUCCUUUCUGUUGAUGUUGUCUUGAAACAAAUGUACAGUCAAUACAAUUAUUUAUAAGAA